CGCAGCGCUCCAUCUUCUUGCCUUCGUGACAAGUCUCCCAUCCCAAAUCGCUCCCCAGACGUAAACGAGAAGCUCCACCAUGCGUUGCCAAGCCGCAGCGACCUCCUUCGCCCCAAAUUUACCAUUCUGCCACCCCGUCGAAUCCCCCUCUCGUCGCUUCAGUAGCUUCCAUUUUCGACGGCCAAACCCCCUUUCUUCUGCAAAUCUUUACCUCCUCCGAUCUCCUUUGUCUCCCCGUCUCGCACACGGUCGACCCGUCCGGUUAUCCUCCGCGGUCGCGUCCAUGGCAGAGACGAGGCCCUUUUCCGUCCUCUUCGUUUGCCUCGGGAACAUCUGCCGUAGCCCCGCCGCGGAGGCUGUGUUCACCGAUAGCGUGCGGAAGCGUGGAGCGGAGUCCAAGUUCAAGAUCGACUCCGCCGGCACCAUCGGUUACCAUGAGGGGGACCCGGCGGAUUCCCGGAUGAGGUCUGCGGCGAAGAGGCGGGGGAUCGAGGUCACCUCCAUCUCGAGGCCGUUAAGACCCUCGGAUUUCAGGGAGUUCGAUCUCAUAUUGGCCAUGGACAUGCAAAAUAGAGAGGACAUAAUGAGUGCUUAUGAGAGAUGGAGAUUUAAAGAGCCUCUUCCAGAGGAUGCUCCGAAGAAGGUUAAGCUUAUGUGCUCCUAUUGUAAGAAACACAGUGAAGCUGAAGUGCCAGAUCCUUACUAUGGAGGGCCACAAGGUUUUGAAAAGGUUCUAGAUCUGCUAGAAGAUGCUUGUGGAUCGUUACUAGACAGCAUCAUAACAGAGACCGGUCAGACUUCAAAUCAAUAGUCUUUCAAGGGACAGAGAUGAGGAAUUCCACCGCACAUGAUAAAUAUCUCGGAGCACAUAUAUUAUAUCAUUCAUUUACUUCAUUGGGUGAGGAAUUACUUUCGUUCCUCCUUAAUUAUGAUUCAUUAAAGUUACAGAUCUAUGAUUUGUUAAGCACAGUGACAUAUAAGAUUGAUAGAAUUGUGUGUAUGAACAAUUAUACAUUUGUGCAUGGAAUUUCUGCUCGAUAUUUUU